GCCAGCUUUACAUAAACUUACAAAACCUGUUGCUCAUUGAAGCGCGUGCGACAUCCGACUUGAUUCAGGCCAUCAUCCAUUCAUUUGUAUCAAUGGGUGACGUGCUUUCUUUUCUUUUCUUCCAUCUUCUGUUCCACAGUGAUUGUUGUUUUCUUCUAGUGUAGAAUUAUUUCGACAUUCCGAUGCGACGACGCUCUUGUCUCGACUGUCAGCCGGAUCACGUAUCAAAGAAAGGGUGCUUGCUGUGUGGUAUUCCUCGAUAGCCGCUGCCGCAAAUCGGCGCUGAAUGAGGUGUUCUCUUCCUGCUCUUCGGGCCCUGAGCAGCGUUUCUGUUCUUGUACGGACAAAUCAAAUCCCCUUCCCCCCAGCAGCACGACAUCCGCACCACCGAAUUCAUCGCGUUAUUCGUCAUCCGAAUCGCCUGUUCACCGCGUUCCCGAGAUCACAGCAGUCCGCCGCCAUGAAUGCAGGAAGUCCCACCUCGAGAUCGAAGCGUAAGGCCCCUUCUCCCGUGGAGGAUCGGCCUCUGAAGCAGCUGCGUCAUGCUCCAAAUGGCAAGAAUUCUCCCGGAGAUAACACACCCGACGUCGAGCUUACAGGCUUCAUGUCAAAGAGCGAACAGGAAGACGACGUCCCUGUCUUCUAUCAAGCACAGACCGCCGACACAGCAGAGUGGCAAGCCACUAUCGAGAAUGUAGUGCGAUGCGUAGUCUCCAUUCGAUUCUGUCAGACUUGCUCCUUCGAUACCGAUGCUGCUUGCGCUAGUGAGGCCACGGGUUUCGUCGUAGACGCUGAGAGAGGUCUCAUCAUCACAAAUCGACACGUGGUUGGCGCUGGUCCCUUCACAGGCUACGUUGUCUUCGACAACCAUGAAGAAGUCGAUGCGUAUCCCGUCUAUCGCGACCCUGUUCACGAUUUUGGCAUCCUCCGCUUUGAUCCCAAGGCUAUCAAGUACAUGCCUGUGUCCGCUCUGCCACUUCGACCAGAUUUCGCUAAGGUCGGUGUCGAGAUUCGAGUAGUUGGAAACGAUGCAGGCGAAAAGCUAAGUAUUCUAUCGGGUGUGAUAAGUCGCCUCGAUCGCAAUGCUCCCGAAUAUGGAGAAGGCUACAGUGAUUUCAACACCUGCUACUACCAAGCAAACGCCGCCGCUAGUGGAGGUAGUUCCGGAAGUCCCGUCGUCAACAUUGACGGCUAUGCCAUUGCUCUACAAGCCGGUGGCAGAUCUGACGGCGCGUCAACAGAUUAUUUCCUUCCUCUAGAUCGUCCCUUACGAGCUCUACGUUGCAUUCAAGAAGGUAAACCUGUCGAUCGCGGGACUAUUCAAUGCCAAUUCCUUCUUAAACCCUUCGACGAGUGUCGGCGUCUCGGCCUAAGCCAAUCCUGGGAGGCCGCAGCUCGCGAAGCAUUCCCUAAGGCCACCAACAUGCUGGUAGCUGAAAUUGUCUUACCCGAUGGCCCUUCACAUCACAAGGUUGAAGAAGGUGAUGUUUUAUUGAAGGUGAACGGAGAGAUGGUCACACAGUUCAUUCGUUUGGACGACAUCCUAGAUUCUAGCGUGGGUAAAACCGUUCGAUUAAUGCUACAACGAGGUGGUGAGGAUGUCGAAGUGGAUGUCCAGGUCGGCAACCUUCACGAUAUCACGCCAGACCGCUUCGUCACUGUAGCGGGAGGGAGCUUCCACGAUCUUUCCUACCAACAAGCACGCCUAUAUGGCGUCGCAUGCAAAGGGGGAGGUGUCUUUGUGUGUGAAUCUACUGGAUCUUUCCGUGUAGACUCUACCGAUAGUGGAUGGAUGGUCCAAAGUGUGGAUCACAAGAAAACUCCUGAUCUGAAGACUUUUAUUGAAGUCAUGAAACAAAUUCCCGAUAGAGCCCGCGUUGUCAUUACGUAUAAAAACUUGCGCGACUUACACACUCUUAACACGACGAUUGUAACUAUUGACAGGCACUGGUCCACCAAGAUGCGACUAGCAGUGCGAAAUGACACCACCGGAUUAUGGGACUUCGAAGAUAUAGCCGAUCCCUUGCCGCCAGUGCCACCAGUGCGCACAAAGGCGGCUUUCAUCCAGCUAGAGCAUACCUCACACCCGGCUGUUGCGGACUUGGUUCGGAGUUUUGUUCGGGUUACGUGUGUGUUACCUCUGAAGCUAGACGGAUUUCCUCGAAACCGCAAAUGGGGCAUGGGUUUAGUGAUUGACGCGGAAAAGGGUCUUGUGGUAAUCUCGAGAGCCGUCGUGCCCUAUGACUUGUGUGAUAUCUUAAUCACUAUCGCCGACUCUGUCCUGGUUCAGGGGAAAGUCGUGUUCUUACAUCCCUUACAGAAUUACGCCAUUGUUCAAUAUGAUGCUAGUCUUGUCGACGCGCCGAUUUUGAGUGCAAAGCUCAGCACCGACUACAUCACACAAGGCGCAUCUACGACAUUUAUUGGUUACAACCGAAGUGGUCGUAUCGUGCACGCGGCUACCACAGUGACGGAGGUUACUGCCGUCUCAAUCCCUGCGAACUCUGGUGCGCCCAGAUAUCGUGCUACUAAUGUUGACGCUAUCACCGUCGAUACUAGCCUUAGCCAGCAGUGUGGUAGCGGCGUGCUUGUUGAUAGUCAAGGCACUGUUCAAGCCUUAUGGCUUACGUACCUGGGUGAAAGAGUUCAUGGCUCUAGAGACGAGGAAUAUCACCUUGGUCUCGCAACACCGACACUGAUACCUGUGGUCUCGCUAAUCCAACAGGGGCGGACACCGAGCUUGCGGAUGCUGUCGAUGGAGUUCCGUGCCAUCUCCAUGUCCCAGGCUCGCAUUAUGGGGGUAUCAGAGGAUUGGAUACAGCGAGUCUCGGAAGUGAGCAAGCAUACCCACCAUUUUUUCAUGGUCUCGAAACUCACAUUCGAGCGCGGAAACCACCCAACUGUUCUCCUCGAGGGCGACGUUAUUCUAACCCUGAAUGGAAGAAUGAUGACGCGUGUGGCAGAGCUUGAUAUCAUGUAUACGAAUGAUGUCCUCGACGCAGUCAUUCUUCGUGAGAGCCAAGAAAUGCAUCUCAAAGUACCAACAGUAACCCUAGAUGACGUUGAGACUGAACACGCCAUUUCAUUCUGUGGUGCCAUCCUACAUGCACCACAUCUUGCCGUGAGGCAACAAAUCAGCCAACUACAUAGCGAGGUUUAUGUGUCGGCAAGGAGCCGCGGAUCACCAUCAUAUCAGUACGGACUUGCUCCUACGAACUUCAUCACCCACGUCAACGGAAAGCCAACGCCAGACCUGAAAACAUUCCUAGAUACCGUGGUCAAAAUCCCUGACAACACUUACUUCCGAGUUCGUGCAAUGACAUUUGAUAAUGUCCCGUGGGUUGUCACGAUGAAGAAGAAUGAGCACUACUUCCCCACGAUGGAGUGGGUCAAGGAUGGGUCAGAGCCAUGCGGCUGGAAGCGCGUGACAUACCAGAGCAGUGGCAAGGCUAUAGAAGGCGAUCCCACCGAUGGCAUGGUGCCCACGACAGGGGAGGACCUCGGGGAUAACGACGGCGAAAUCGUAGAUGAUCCAUACACCGCCAGCGCCGCUUAAGCACGAUAUCGCAUUCUUUAUUGUAUAACCCUGGGGGGUUAUAUAUUGUAAUAUCUUUUGUAGCAUAAGAUAGAUUGCGUAUUGGGUUCAAGAAGAGUGAGGAAGGGUUGAAACUCGCUGCAAGGAAAACCUGGUCGGCGCAUAUUCAAGUUGUACUGUAGUACUUGUCACGUCUAGAUAGCAUACGCUGUACCUUACUCUUAAUAGAUAUCUGCUUCAAGGCUUAUAUUAUAAACAGAAGGCAUAUCUCAUACCUAUAUAUACAUAUAUGUAAUGAUAUUUAUAGUUGCCAGAUAUAACAAGUUUGGUAUUAUUUUUAAUAAAAGCAGUAUUUGGG